UAACGUUAUUUUGUAUGUCCGCCAUAUUGGAAUAAUUCAGGGGGGUAUUAAAAUAUAAUAGUAAUGAAUAUGGGAAUGUAAGGAGGGGAGGUGAUCAAGGAUCAUCAUAGAGUGAAAAAUCUUGAGGAAUCUUGGAUUCUUGGUAUUUGGUCACUUGUUAAAGAAAUUAAAAUUCUAAAUCUACUCGCUUUUACCGAACUUUUUACGAAUAUCCAUGAAUUCCAUAUCUUCAGAAGAUGCAAAUUUUGUGAAAGAUGUAAUUCAAAGCGAAGAUAGUGACAGUGUCUGCUCAUCUGAAUCAUUUGGUUUGAAAUGGUUAUUUAAUGAAGAGGAUAAUAAUGAAAAGGGAAAUAAGAAAAGAAACAGAAAAAGACAAUUGAUUAGUGAGGGAUUUUCUAGUUUUGAAGGAACAACUGGUAAAUUAGAAAUAAAAAAGAAAAGGCCAAAUUAUUUUAUUGCUUUACGUAUAUCUGAUGACAAAAUACACGAAGUUGUUAAAACCUUUCAAAAUGAUUUGAUAAAAGAAAAUAGUAAAUUGAAAGCGGCAUUGAUAUCACCAUCUACCCUUCACAUAACUAUAGCAGUAAUGUAUUUAGAUGCAACUCAAUUGAACAUUGCCCAUAAUGCACUGGAGGAGUGUAGCAAAGACAUAAUAACUGCCCUUAAAAAUGUUGACUUUAAACUAACAUUUUGUGGAGUAGGAAACUUUGGAAACAAAGUAAUUUUUGCCGAUAUUAAAACAAAAGAACAAAUUGAAUGUUUGAGAAAGAUUAACAGCAUAAUAACUCAGAGCUUUGAGAAGAAUGAGCUGUUUAAAUGUGGAAAAGAAUAUUAUCCACAUUUAACAUUGUUGAAACUGUCAAAAAAGAAAUCUUAAAAAUCAGGAAUCAGAAAAGUUAAUCGUCAUCUUUAUUUACCAUGGAUUAACUCUAUCUUUGGUGAGGAAACAAUAAAGAAUUUAUAUUUAUGUUCAAUGCAAGGAAUGAAAGAGGAUGAUGGAUUUUAUGAAUGUAUAGCAACAGUUUCUGUAAAUCAUGAGUAGUUUGAUAAUUUAUUGCAAUGAGUAAAUUUUAUCAAUAUGAUGUGUAAUUUAAGAAAAAGACGAUUUUUCAUGUGUAAAGAACUUAAAGAACUU